AUGCGUGGGUAUGUUGUGAUGUUGUUUGGCCCACCUUCACAAAAGCAGCUUGUCCUCCCCUAUGACAAUGGCCAUUACGACGUCAUCACAUCUCUACCCGGAUUCUUUGGCACCUCGAACUUCUGCGUGAGGUGUCUCAAACCCUACGACAACCAAGGUUACCAUGCAUGCAAUAACAACCCGGACCACUGCAGUGCCUGUCUCCAGACUGGAUGUUUGGAUUACACUGAGGCCCUAGGCUGAAGUCUUCCGGUGAUGCAGAUCUGCGACUCGUGCAGACGGACAUUCUAUGGGACAGUGUGUUUCACCAAUCAUGUGUCUAAGACACAGAGUGGGAAGAUCGCGGAUCACCAGCAACUGAGCGUCUGUACAUGUCACAGGAAGUGCGGAAACUGUCGCAAACUCCUUGUGGGUCGCAAACAGCAACAAGAACACUGGUGUGGCUACGUCACGUGUCCUUCAUGCCACCAUUGCGUUGUAGCCUUGUUGCAUUGGUGCUUCAUUCAAUUGGCCAAGACUCCCAAGGAAGAACAGGCAGAAUGUCGUGUUAAACAAAGACCUGGUUGUUGUAUGCGUGGUGCUGCUGCCGGCUUGGCCACCGUACACUCCAACGAGGACAAUGUGCCUUCCACUUCUCUUCUUCCUUCACCUCCUGUGUAUGGUGUCGACCUCAAUGAGGAAAAACCUCCGUUACAUGUAUUCUUUGACGUGGAGGCCAUGUAG